AUGUCUGAGUCUCCUGUGGCCAGGAGAAAUCAUCGUGCAACUCUGGUGUGCCAAGCUGCUCACUCCAACUCGGAGCCUCAAUGUCUUUCGCACGACUCGCUGGACGUCCACUCUCCGCCUGAAUCUGUCUACUGUUCGAAGAACUGCGACGCGUUUUCUAGGUCCUCUCUGUCUGUGGAGGCCUCUAACUAUAACGGAUCAGGUUCUCCUGGUGUCUGUUCCUUGUCUCCGAGCCUGGAUCAGUCUGCUCUUGAAUCCUCAACUUCGUCGCCUCUCGAUUUGAGGUCGUCCGACUCUGGGAAGCAGCCGUUCUCGCCUCCGCGCAGCCCCUCGCUGCGUCAGCGAACCUCGGGGCUCGUCUCGCCGCGUUUCAUCGGGAGCCACGAGGACGGCUGCCGUGCCUCUCGCGUCUCUGCGUCGGUGCGGUCGACAGUGUCCUCAGAGGGCCCUGCUCGCCCGGGGCUGGAGUCGUCCUCGCGGAGGGCGAGCCAUUCACAUCCCACGUAUUCUUUCGACGCUUACCCGCCAGAGGUCUUCUCGCGCUGGAAAGGGAGAGACCGCACAGGAGCAUCCUGUGGACUGGCGCCUGCUGCGAAGAGCCGCGGCAGGUCGCCCGCCCCCUCAGGUCUGUCUCCCACGUCAAUUCUCCGCUGCGGUCCGGCAAGUCACGCAGAGCUCUCCCCGUCUCCGGAGCCUCGCCUGCAGUCUUCCGGUUCGCCUACGGCGCUCCCGUCUCCGCUGUCGCAACCCAAGUCCUACGCGGAAGAGGGGAGUGUCGCGCGACAGACUCAGCCUAGCUAUCUGGCAACGCCCGAAGAGCUCGGCCGGCGUUCUGCGCCUCGUCUUGUACUCGCCUCCUUUCCUGCUAUCCCGCCAAGCGCCAGUCGUCCUCCCCUACAGCCCACCGAGAGAGCGAGCGAGCCGCAGCCUGUGGAUGAACCGCGGGCGCUCAUCGAGUACAGCACUCGGGGCCUGAGUAGCAUAGUGGUUACCGAUAUCGGCGGCAGCCAGCUUCGUGUGUCGCCGUAUUCGGAGACGCUGCCUCGCAGUGCUCACCCGCUAGUCCUUCCAGCCCCCCCAAGAGGGGCCUCGUCCGUGGCAGCCUGUUCGGGCGGGAGCCCAGAGAAAACAGGCUCAGGCACUCGAGCACACAGGGACUCGCUGCAUUCAGACGGCGGAGCGGAUCUGGCGGCUGGUGCGGGCGUCGCAUUACCCCGCGGAUGUCCCGAAGAAAGAAUCGCUUCCGAAUCCGAGCUUCAGUCUCAUUCGCGCGCUUACAGCGGAAAACACGUGCCUCUAGCUGCCGUCCCCUUCUGUGGUGCCGCUGGAGUUCUCAGCGGGCUGCGUCAAGGAGACAGAAUCCGUGCGGCGGACUCGAGCGUGCGCUGUUUCCAGCAGACUCUUCGUUCCGCUUCUGCGUCUGCCCGCCAAGCUGACCCUGCCGCGGCCUCACGAUCCAAGCAGACGCCGAGGGCCGACAAGGAGCGCCUCGCCCUGAUUCCUGCGCACAGGCAGCCUCGUGGGCUGUCCGACGUCCCUAUCGGGCGCCGCGACAGCAUGGCCUCAGCUCGAGGCGGAGUCGCACCGCCCACCUGCGCAGGCUCGCGAUCGCUGCGGCAUGAUGCGGCAGUGCUUCGUCAGGAGGGAAUCCGACUCAGUCAGCGAGACCCCACUGUGUUGAGGAGUGCUGGGGCGGGACGAGUUGGUGCGGCACAGACAGCGCAGAGAGGUACCUCGAAAUGUCGACGCCCUUUCGAUUCUGGCUCACUAGGUUAUACGAUGCAGGGGGGCGGCGAGGAGCGACAGAGGGGUCGAGGCUUUCUCCCCUUUUCCACAACGUCUGGCUACUCGGGGACGCCCUUCGGAGCCCACGGGGGGCAAGUGAACAGUGGCCUCCCCAGGGGUUUCGCAGGGUCGGCCUCACGCGUUAAGUUGCCGAAGUGGAUGCACGAUUACGGCGUCGCGGAUCCCUCCCUUCAAACCAAUCGCCACAGCUGGCAAGACACCAGCAACUCUUUGCGAGACACGAGCUCGUAUAAUUCGCACGACGCCCUCCUCCCGCAGGCGCGCCCCACGCCUGACUUGGCGCUUCCGUACAGAGAGGGACCUUUUGUGUGCGGAGCGCGAGCUGGCGGGAGCGACGACCAGGGCGGCGCUGCUGUGUGCGUUGCAGAUCCCUCGUGUUUCGCGCCGCAACUCGCCGAUGCCUAUCCGAGCAGCCUCAGGGGCGUCUCACGAGGCAGCGCUGUUGCGCCUGGCUCCUACCCGUCUCCCCAGUCCUGUGGCUUCGCGUGCGGCAACCCUUCUGCUGUCGGCUUUCCGGUUGCUCACUUCAUCUGCAGCAAUUGUGGUGCCUCUGCGGUGCCUCCGCACUGCCCCGUCUGUGGGGCCUUCAUCAUUCAGGUCGACGGGGCGCUUCCCCCGCCGAGCACGGCGCAUCUGGUGAAUGACGCGUCUCUCCGAGGCUCUGGGUCCCAGCCAAGUCUGCGCGACAGCGCCAGGCCUCGCCGAGGCGACGUCGAGGACGAGCCUCAGGGUCGCCCCUACGCGCCCUACGACCUUUCCCCGCCGCGAUGCCGAGGCGCCCCAGUGCCGCGCCGUCCUCAUAAACUCGGAGAAGACGCGCAGGAGCGCCCGCGCGGCCUUUCAAGCGCAGUCCUGCGGGCCUCCGUCACUGCCACCACACACACCGGGGCAGACGAGCCCUUGAAGGGGGAGAAGAGCAGCCCGCCGGCUAAACAACAGUCCACGUCUUCUUCGACUUCUCGUCUGCUGUCGACCAAAAACCUCGCAGCUCAGGUGUGGGGCUCGCCCCGGGUCUGUGCUCUCCUCUGCUCGUUCCUCCGUCUCCCUCAACUCCUUGUCAUUCGGCGCUGCAACAAGAAUCUCCUUGUGGCUGCGCAGUUCGAAAUGCGGUAUGUCCUCUACGCGACGUUACAGCACCGGCUUCGCGAAGAGGAGCGAACUGAGAGGCCGAUCAGAAGUCCGCGGCCAAAGAGCUGUGAGCCCUCGAGUCCCUGCGAGCGAGAGGGGGAGCGUGGAAGAGGCUUGACGCCAGGCGGGCCUCUCGUUCGUCAGAAGCGCAACCAGUCUCUGCCCGCCUGUCCCUUCAACGCGGAGACUCUCACACGGCUCCUGCAGCUGUCAGAGACGGAGCUGAACGCGCUGAAGAGCGGAAAACUACCAGAGCGGCGAGCCGCAGACGCCAACACGCCAAGAAAGGAGGAGCUUCGAGCUCGGGCUCGUCGUUUCCUGAGCGACCGAGAUGAGUGGCUUGAAGCACACCGGAAGCGUAAACCCGCGAAGAGUCUCCCACAACUGUCAGACAGCGACAAGGCGCCUCUCGAGCGAGGUCUGGAUGAAGAGAUCCAGCUGCGUCGAGAGAUACAGCUCCAGCACGAGGAAGAACUGCGUCGGCGGGAGCAAAAACUCCAACAGCAGGAACGCGAGCUCCUUCAGAAGGAACAGGCUCUCUGGCUACAGGAAAACCAGCAGCGCCUUCAGCAGCAAGCGGUUCGUGGGAUACCGCCGCGUUUUUCUAGGGAGCAGGCUGCUGGCUUCGUGGGCGCAUGGCCUUACGAAAGUGUCCCUCCGCUGUGUGGCGCUGGUCCGCACAGCAAUUACUUUGAAGAAGAAAGCGACCAGAAUGCCGCACCAGUGAUCGACUACGAGGCCGAGCCGCCAACAUUUCGCCGACUGCGCCACGCCUUCCUCAAGCUCUGGAACUACAACGAUGCUCAGUUCAAGGCUGCUCUUUACCGGCACGCCUUCUCCUCCUUCCCAGCGUACAGCUACGACACCGCGGCCAUUCUGUGUCGCUGUGUCUACCAGCUGUGCGCGGACGCGACGUCCUCGUUGCCUCUCAACUCGAUUCUCCUUCUCCUCACGGACCGUCAGUCGUACCUCUGGCGUCGCAUGGCGCGCCUGUCCGGCUACCUGCUCAGCUCGUUUGUCGUAGAAGGCUCGCGGCGGGAGUUUGUCUCGGGCGCUUCCCCAGCGAUUCAGCGCGUGACGCCUAUAUUCCUGGGAAGCGACGGCUUCGGGGACUCGCCCGUGCGCACAGCCGACCCGGGAUUGCAUGUGAGAAGCAGGGGUGGAUAUGGCUCUGCUGGACGCCCUGCAGCGAGUUCGAGUGCGAACGACGCUCUUGAAGAAGCGACUUCGCCGUGCACGUUGGCGCGGGGCGUUCGAGGGGCAGUUCUUGAGUCGAUGGAGCUGAAACUGGCGAAACUCUCUCCAGAGUUCAUCGACGAAUUCGUGCUCUACGGGCGCCAGCAGGUGCUCUUCACACAGCUGCAGGCUACGGAGGGAGGCGCCGACCGAGCGCUACUCGCCACGACGUUUCGGCGGUUUCGCAAACAAGCUGAAGACCGCUACGUGCUGAUGGACCUCUACGAAUGGCUUGCUGCGGCGUUGACAUUCGCACAAAAAUGCAUGAAAGUGAAGCAGAUGGCAACGCGACAGGCCUCGCCCGCUCGGGGCCGCCCCAGACGCACAGCCGCCGGCGGGCUGGCCUAUGAGAGCGCCGGCGGCACCAGAGAGCGAUUUACGACUCCCGACGAGGGCGCGGGGUCGCGAUGGCGAUCCGGAGAUCCACGGGGGCGGGAAACGCCUGGAGCCACGGGGGCCACGCUACGAGGAAGAAGUGUCUCGCGGGCUCCCGCAGCUGCCGGUCGAAGCUUCGGCUCCGACAAAAGAGACUCUUCUCAGGUGGUCCACGGCUACUGCGUUCGCAGCAGGGAGCAAGAAGACGCCGCCACCAGGAGGAAGAGGACACCCGGCAGAGGCACGGAGGCUGCGACGCGAUCCCGCUCAAUCCUACGCGGAACGGGGACGGCAGAGUGUCAACGGGCCAUGCUGGGGCGCGUACCUUUCGCCUCGCCGGCGCAGGGAAGGUCUGUAACCUUUCGCGGGCGAACUGAAGCCCGCCCGGCGUCUGGGCCCCGGAUGAGGAGCGGCGGAGUCUCCAGAGAGCGGCUGGUGCCGGCGACCGCAAACUGUCUGACGGCUAAAGAGGCCGCGACCCUGUGCAAGCUUCUGCAGAGCCAGGGGGAAAUUCUUGACGAAGUCAAACAGAUUCUGAAGCACAUGGCUGCGCCGGGAUCUAAGGCAGCUCGCGGGCCGUAG